GGCAAAUUAAAAUUGCUUUCUCAGUACUGGUUGUAAGACCGUGCUAAAAACAAUAAUUUAGGAAAAAAUCUUUUUUGUGACUUAUUUAUCUUACGACUAGGAAAAUGACGUCAGUGGUGGACGUCGAGCCGAACGUCAAUUCUACCAGGCUGGUUUUCUACCCGCUGGUGAUAAUCGCAUCAUGUGUGUGGAUAUUCCACCGAUGGCAGCAGCAGUCCAGGAUAUACAGGAUGGGCAAUGUCCUGCCAGGACCUACCGCCUUCCCACUCUUCGGAAACGCGCUCAUGGCGCUGUUCAAGAAACCUGAACAAUUUAUCCGAAUCGGUCUGGAUAUCGCCGACCAAUACGGCUACGUGAUCCGUGGCUGGUUGGGAUCAAAACUGAUUAUCUUCCUCGCAAACCCUGAAGAUGUAGAGGUCAUCCUGAACAGUAAUGUCCACAUUGACAAAGCCUCAGAUUACAAAUUCUUCGAACCUUGGCUUGGAGAGGGUCUUCUCAUCAGUUCAGGUGAAAAAUGGCGUUCACACAGAAAAAUGAUUGCUCCAACAUUCCACAUCAACAUUUUGAAAUCUUUCGUCGACGUGUUCAAUGAAAACAGCAAGAAUGUGGUGGAAAAACUACGAUCUGAAGUCGGCAAAACUUUCGAUGUUCACGACCACAUGAGCGGCGUCACUGUUGAUAUUUUACUUGAGACUGCUAUGGGUAUCACAAAGAAAACUCAAGAUAAAUCCAGCUUCGACUAUGCCAUGGCUGUCAUGAAGAUGUGUGACAUCAUCCAUCAGAGACAUUACAAGUUCUGGCUUAGACUGGACUUCAUGUUCAAAUUGCACCCGCUGUUUAAAACUCAACAGAAACUUUUGGAUAUUAUUCACGGACUCACAAAUAAGGUCAUUAGCCUGAAGAAGAAGAUUUACCAUGAGAACAAGGCAAAGGGUAUCAUCCCACCCACUCUACAAGAGUUGACGGACGGCAAGAGGUCCGGUGAAGUUCUGGCAAAUAACAGCAAGACCCUUUCUGAUACCGUGUUCAAGGGCUACCGUGAUGACUUGGACUUCAAUGACGAGAAUGAUGUCGGAGAGAAAAAACGUUUGGCAUUCUUGGACCUGAUGCUUGAGUCUGCACAAAAUGGAACGCACAAUAUUACUGAUCACGAGAUCAAAGAAGAAGUCGACACCAUCAUGUUUGAGGGUCACGACACCACAGCAGCUGGUUCCAGCUUCGUGCUGUGCCUCCUUGGUCUCCACCAAGAUGUGCAAAAAAGAGUUUAUGAUGAGCUGUACGAAAUCUUCGGUGAUUCCGACCGCCCAGCCACCUUCAACGAUACUCUUCAAAUGAAGUACCUUGAGCGUGUGAUCCUCGAAACCCUGAGGAUGUACCCACCAGUGCCCAUCAUUGCCAGGGAACUGAAGAGAGACGCUAAGAUUGUUACCAACAACUACACGCUCCCAGCUGGAGCCACAGUGGUGGUGUGCACCUACGGCAUCCACCGUCACCCUCAGCACUACAAGGACCCUGAUACCUUCAACCCUGACAACUUCUUGCCUGAGAACAUGGCCAACAGGCAUUACUACAGCUAUAUUCCAUUCAGCGCUGGACCUAGAAGCUGUGUCGGACGCAAGUACGCGCUGCUGAAGCUGAAGAUUCUGCUUUCAACCAUCCUGAGGAAUUACAAGUGUAUCUCAGAGGUACCUGAAAAAGACUACCAACUGAAAGCCGAUAUUAUUCUGAAGAGAUCAGACGGCUUCAGACUGAAGGUCGAACCCAGAGUUAGAGUACCAUCAUCAGCUUGAAUCACUCAAUAAUUAUAAAGUAGUAUUAUCGUCCUAAUUAAGAAAUAUUUAUAAUUAAGUUAAUAAAGACGUCUGGCUUUUCUUUACUGAAAACAUGUUUUAAUGA